UCAUUCUUUACAGAUGUUUUGAGGUGUGAGUGGGGGUUGGGAUAUGUCGAGUGUAGAGAGCAAAAGAACAGGGAAGGUCUUAAACUAAUUGUUCUGUUUGGAUCGAUGAGAACAGAGUUAAGCAAACAUUGGUUUUCACACUGUAGAUAUAGAGGGAGUUGUUUCUGUAUAUGGUUUACCAUUUAUGGCAUGCAGUACUUUUUUCAAAGGGGAUGGAGAAAUAAUAGAUGAGCAAUUCUGCGUUCUCUUCUACUCUUAAGAUAUGCCCCGUCCCCUGUUUUAAAGAAUUGCAACUUAAUGUAGAUUGAGGCAAUAGCUAGGGAUUUCUCUGGUGUGAGGAAGUAAGAUCCUGGAUUUUAUAGAGUUGACUUCUCCUCGGUGGGAUCUACAUAAGACAACUUUGGAGCAAUGUUUCUCAGCUUUUUGGUCCUAAUACCACCUUUACAGUUUUAAAAAUUAUUAAUGACUUCUGAGUCUGGACAAGGUAGAGUAGGCACAUUUUUCCUAUUCCUCCUGCUGGGCAUUUUAAAGCCAACAUGGCUCUGAGACGUGGAGAGAAGUAGGGACAGGGACUUGCAAAACAGCAGGAGUAGUGAGUUUCCCGCAUUUCUUUUUUGCCUCCUGUCUGGCCUAGCUCUGGUUUCAGAAAAGCUUGAAACUCAUGAACACCAACAGGCAGAGAUGAAGAAGCCCCUGGGAGAGCAGGAAGGGGCGAGGCAGCCCAUCAAAACAGACCUCUUUGACAAUUUCUGCUGCACUUCACGCAAAAUAUGUAGGUCUCCACCCCUGUCAGCAAGGCCCAUGGGGAGCCAGACCCCUGUCUCGCCCAGUGCCAAAGAGGGGGAGGCUCGCUUACCCCUUAGCAUGGUAUCAGCAGAGGCCUGCUGAAAGAAGAUAAAUAAGGUCCACAGUCUUAUAUGGUAGUAAUACCCUAAAUGUCCAGGAUAUAAUUGAAAAUCACUUAACAUACCAAGAAUCAGGAAAAUCUUGGCCUUUUGAGCUGUUGAAUGAGGAGAGACAAUCAACAGACCCCAACACUGAGGUGACACAGUGUUGGAGUUCCCCAGUGAGGAUUCUGUCCCAGCCAUUAGAGUGGUUAUGACCACACUUGAAACACAUGGAACUGUGGGUAGUCUCAGCAGAGCAGUAGGAGAUGUAAGGAAGGGCCAGAUGGAAAUCCCAGAACUGAAAUUAUAGUCACUUAAAUAAAGAUUACUGAGGUCCCCCCAAAACUUUUGUUUAUAUGUGUUAAAUUUAUUUAGAUUUACUGUAUUAGAAAUUUUAACGGGGAAAAAUUUUAAUAUUUAUUAACUUAAAGUAGUAAUAAGGCUUUUACAUGGUAACACAACAUUUAAAUUAAAAAUGACUAUUUCCAGAACGAACAGUACUGACAGUGGCAUUCUUUUACAAGUUAAACUUUUUUAAGUCUGGUUUAACAGAAGCCACCCAGAUUCUCAUUUCUGCUUCUGUGUUUAAUAUGUUGUUCCGGUUGAAUAUAUGCAGACAAUCUGGCCUACACAGAUGUAAAUGGGAAAGGGAGAAGUAUUUUAGUAGCCUUUUCAGAUAGUUGAUAUAGAUCAGAUUAUAGAUAACCUUUGAGCUAUACCCAAACUCCAAAUGCUAGUUUUUAAAGAUUAAUUUUAAUGGGGCCUCUGAAACUUAGCAGUGAACUUUUUCUACUGUUACGUCAAAAUCCACUGGCACCCAGAAUGGAUGUUUUUGCCCUUGCCUGGUUUUGUAACAUAUAUUGAACAUUUGGAAAUUUUUAGUUCACUGAGUUAUGCAGAUGUUCCCAAUGCUGAUACAGUUCAUUAGGUAAAAACAAACAAAAAAAACCCCCAAAUUCUAUAUUUGUUAGUAUCUACAGUGACCUCGUCAGAAAAGUGCUGAUGUAAUAGAAAUCUGCCAGGUUCAAGGUGCUCCAUACAGGUUUUCCAAAAUUCUUGUUUUUUUCUUGAAAGCGCAAAUAUUGUCAUUGGCAACAAACACUGCCAGCCGUUUGCCUGGCCUGGGCUGGGCGUCCCUCCGCGCUCGGGCGCGUGCCUGCGUUGCCUGGCCUGGCGGCGGGCGUUUGUGCCGCUGGCGGCCGAGUCCUCCUCCGCAGCACGGCCUCUGCUUCAGCCUGUGCUCACGGGCUUCGUGUGUGCUUCCUCUCUCGUCACGAGGAGUUUAAACAUUGCUGUAUUCAAGGACGAGGACGAUGAAAUUAACAUUUGCGGCAUCAUUAAGGGCAUUUUAAAGUGAAGUCAGCUUUAUUGGGCGAUUGAUUAAUCGAUGGACAGUACAUGCGUCAUGUGAAGGAAACGAUGACUGCUCAGGGUGGUGCCCCCCGGGCAGGCCCUGGUGGUUCCACCGACUAUUGUGUCUGCACCGUUGGUGCCAACGGUGCAGAUGUCAAUGACGUAUAAAGAAAUAACGGCUUAGUGUUCUUAUGGUGAAAAUAGUGCCAGUCUGCAGGCCAUGUGCAGGUAUCUUGAAGCCUCUCAGGAGUUCAUAGACCGUAGUCUGAGAACCUGUGAAAGGGAGAAUAUGAGUGGGAGAAAACCGGUUCUCUUUUACUGAAGACUAUCCUAAAAACAAGGGAAGGCUCAGACUUGGCGAUGACAUUGAUGUCUGUGGAAAAUGUGUUUCAAGGACGAGUUGUGUGUACAAGAAGGUAAGGCAGAUCAGCAGUUGGUUAAGAAAGGAAAAGGCAAAGUUGGGGACAUGCUGGAAAAAGCAGCUGAGUUGUUGAUGAGCUGUUUCCGCGUCUGUGCCAGUGACACCCGUGCUGGUAUAGAGGAUUCUAAGAAGUGGGGGAUGCUGUUUCUGGUGAAUCAGUUAUUCAAGAUUUACUUUAAGAUCAACAAACUCCAUUUGUGUAAACCUCUCAUCAGAGCCAUUGACAGCUCGAACCUGAAAGACGAUUAUAGCACAGCACAGAGGGUGACGUACAGGUACUAUGUUGGGCGCAAGGCUAUGUUCGAUAGUGACUUUAAGCAAGCCGAGGAGUACCUGUCCUUCGCCUUUGAGCACUGCCACCGUGCAAGUCAGAAGAACAAAAGGAUGAUUCUGAUUUAUUUACUGCCAGUGAAAAUGCUGUUGGGUCAUAUGCCAACCAUUGAGCUUUUGAAAAAGUAUCAUCUCAUGCAAUUUGCCGAAGUAACCAAAGCUGUAAGCGAAGGCAAUCUCCUCCUGCUGAACGAGGCCCUGACGAAGCACGAGACCUUUUUCAUUCGCUGUGGCAUCUUCCUUAUCCUUGAGAAGCUAAAGAUCAUUACCUACAGGAACCUUUUUAAAAAAGUGUACUUGUUACUCAAAACACACCAGUUGUCUCUGGAUGCUUUUCUAGUUGCCUUGAAAUUCAUGCAAGUGGAAGACGUGGACAUCGAUGAAGUUCAGUGUAUUUUGGCCAACCUGAUAUACAUGGGUCACAUUAAAGGCUAUAUAUCACACCAGCAUCAGAAGCUAGUGGUUAGCAAGCAAAACCCAUUUCCUCCGCUGUCUACAGUGUGUUGAAUGUAUGAACAGUUCUGAGAAGAAGUGUGUUCCUCUAGUUUUUAUCAUACUGAUGAACUCAGUACUUGGCCGUGAUGUUAUUUUCUACAGCAGGGAUUUCUCUGGGGCUCUUUUCCCAGGGAUGUUGAGUCUGAGUUUGCCGGCAUACACAGAUGCCUUGAAGUUCCCGCGUCACUCAAGUAACGUCCACCUCGUGCAGACUUGGAACUCCUUUUCAGACAUAGCAGACACCUCCUUCGGCUCCGGAGUUGUUGCUGAAACCUCUGUGAAGGAGGCUGCGUUUCCAAGGCAGCUACAGUUUACUUCUCCUAAGAGUUAUUCAUAAAUGCGUCUUUGUAACUUUUUAUAUUAUUUGUUCUAUAAAAAAGCCUUUCUGAAUUUAUACAAGUGAUAUGUUUUUUAUUAUAUCUUCCUGGAAACCAAAUUCUGCUAAGACUUUAAAAUUCAUUUUUGUUCAUGCAUUGUCUUUACCAUUAGUCUGCAUUGAUUAGCAUAUUUAUUUUUUAUUGUAUUUUUUCAUUACCAUUUAAUUCCCUUAUACCCCUCUCCCCUUGCAAUCACCGCAUCAUUGACCAUGUCCAUGAGUCCUUUUUCCUUUUUGCUUAAUUCCUCCACCCCCUAACCUCCUCCCCACCCAGCAUAAUUUAUUUUUGCCAAAGUCCUUUCAGAGAAAUGGGCCAGAGCACCUGGUGAUUGGGAAAAAAAGUUUUAUUCUGGGAUUAAAAUACAGUAAUAGAAAAGAAAGAGAUACGUACUCUGUUUAAGACCUAUAAGGCUUAAACAUCUGAAUUGUGUUUAAUUCCCUAUACUUCACUCAAAAGAGUACUUAACUCACAUUUUUAACCCCUCAAAAAAAAAAAUCCCCUCCACUUUUCAACAACUCUGUGUGA